CUUCAUAGCCUAUAACAUCGGUUUCUUUACUUGUCAUCCCUCCCAAUCCCACUUGACAGGCAUGCGCCAUCUCCAUCCCGAUUGUUGGGUGAAAAAGUGGGCAGUUCAGGGUUUCAUAUCUGGCGUCACUUUCUCCCAACUCCCUCCUUUCUCCCCGAGCCUCUGAGUGUGCCGGUCCCAACCACCGUUUACCUGCGCAGAGCAUCCAGAGCCGCUUUUCCCGUGACAGGACAGUCGCACUGCAGCACGCUGACAGGCGCUCACGGAAAAUACUCUUUACAGCAAAGAAGUGCAACCUGCAUCAGCUGAGAUGCUGCUGAGAGUCAUCCGACAUGUGCAGAUACUUCCACUUCUUUAUGCAGUCUGCCAUCUCACACUGGCCUUUCCCACCCAAACUGUACGGUACACAUACGAUGAGGUGGAGCAGCUCCACGUGAGCAUCCCCCACUCAGGACCAGUUGUCGCUCCACUGAGCAGCUCCAUUUCCAUCCCUUGUGUGGUGUCUCUGUCCCCCGUCUCCAACUCCACCUCCGCGACCCCUGUUGUACCGAGGGUCAAGUGGUCAGUCAUAUCAGGUGGGGUUGAAACGCAGAUCUUAGUGGUACGGGGUCACAAGGUGAAGGUCAAUGAAGCGUACCGAGACCGAGCGGCGUUGCUCAACUACACCUCUUUCCCUGAUGACGCGUCACUUUGGUUGGGAGAUCUGCGCUCCAGCGACUCGGCUCACUACCGCUGUGAGGUGCAGCAGGGCCUGGAGGACGCCAGUGACCUUGUGAAGCUCAAGGUCAAAGGUGUUGUGUUCCACUACAGAGAUGCUUUGGGUCGGUAUGCCUUCACCUUCCAUCAGGCCCAGAGGGCUUGUGAGGCCAUCGGGGCACGAAUCGCCACCGCCGACCAGCUGCUCGCAGCUUAUUACGACGGAUAUGAGCAGUGUGACGCGGGCUGGCUCGCAGACCAGUCUGUCAGAUACCCAAUCCAAGUGCCUCGUGAAGGCUGCUAUGGAGACAUGGAUGGGCAACCAGGAGUGAGAAACUAUGGGACAAUGGAUCCAGAUGAUCUGUUCGAUGUUUAUUGUUAUGUAGAGGAAAUUAAUGGGGAGGUUUUCCAUGACUUCAUCCCACAGCAUUUAACAUUUAAUGAAGCGCAGUCGUACUGCAGAGCUGCAGGGGCAGAGCUGGCUACAACAGCACAGCUUUACUUGGCUUGGAGUGAAGGACUGGACCGUUGCAGCCCUGGCUGGCUGUCUGAUGGCAGCGUGCGGUACCCCAUCAUAACCCCAAGGGAACGCUGUGGGGGCCCUCAGCCUGGCGUCAAAACUCUCUACAGAUUCAGCAACCAGACUGGCUUUCCAGAGCCAUCCGGCCUUCAUGAUGUUUACUGUUUCAAAGAAAACAGAAAUGCUUCCACUGACUCUCCGAUGGACUAUGUGGGCACAGAACCUGAAGACAUUGAACACAAUGUUGUUAUUCUUAUGGAAAAAGAUCAAGAACUUCAGUUGAACCAACUAGCAGAACAGGUGGAGCGAGAGGCCCAGAGCAUGCUUGAAUCAUUGCCUUAUUUUGCUGUCACUGUAACUCCAGAAAGCCCGGUUGAUACACACCCAACGCUGAUAUCAGACACAACAAAGUCACCCCUCAACACCACGCCUACACUGCACGAGCCGCUCGACCAAACUUUAUCUCCCACAGAAAUGAGCUACGAUUCCCAGCAUCCUACAGCACUGAUGAGCAGCACUAUCACAGAAACCUACAAUUCAGCACAGAACACAUCAUUUCUGCCCACUGAUUACAAUGAAACAUAUUCCAGCCAGAACUCGAGUCUCACCUUUCAGCAGUCUGAAAGACCCACAUUUGAGCCUGAGAUGCAGAACCAGACAGAGCCAGACACAAACAUUGACGUAAACACAGAGCCAGCUGGAACUCUGAAUGAGACCAAAGAAGUACAACAGACCACCCUGUCUUUUAACAAAUCAGAUCCCAACUACAGUGAGACCGACAGCAACCGUACUAAAGAGGACAGUUUAUUGGAGGCUACUACUUUAACCUUUAGCCCCAUGGUUGAAGUGGAGCUGGAAGAGACCCAUGUAGACCCUGAGCAGAUGUUUCCCCCAACUGAGGUCUCAAAAGAAGAAGAAAAAGAAGAAGAAGAGGCAACACUUCUUACACAAUUAUCCCAAACUACUGAAUCUACUCCGGAGGUGCUAACCUCAGUGUGGGCUCCUGUGGAUGGUUCUGGAGAUAUUUCUGAAGAAAGCAACCUUGAUAUGAGUCCAGUCAGUUUCAUCUCCGCAUCAGAUUCCUCAACUUCUGGCUUCACCACUCACCCGUCUCCCAUUGCUUCUGCCAGCAGCACCCAUGCUGAACCUCAGACAGUGGUUCCACAUUUGACACCCUCGUCUCAGUCACCCCUUUCUGACAAACUGGGCUUGGAUAUUCUUUCCACAGCCUCACAGCUGUGGGAGUCCUCCAUAUCUAAACAGGAGGGAAGUGGAAGCUUAGAAAUUGAAGACACGCUCAGUUUGGAAAAUGAGGAUAAAAUGCUGCCCACAACAAAAUCUGAAGACCUGCAAGUGUCUGGAGCAAGUUCAAUGACCACUCGCUCUCCAGACAUCUCAAACACUUCUCACUCAACCACCAGUUCGCCCACAGCACUAUAUCUAACAUCAGGCUACAGAAUGUAUUUGGAUACUGUGACCGAUACUUAUGAGGAAGCAAGUGGUCAUGUACCUGAUACAGUUAGGACCACCCUUCGAGAAGACAUUAAAUUUGCUCCAACCUUUGAAGGUGAAGUGUCUUUAACUCUUGAAGAGGAAGCCAACAUUUCCGUUUCUCUGGAAAAAGAAAUAAAAAUUUCCCCAACCCUUGCUCUUCAAAAAGAAGCAAAUGUUUCUUUAAAUUUUGAAGAAGAGAACAUUGUUUCUCCAAUGCAUGACUUUGAAGAAAAUGUUUCCUCAGCCCAUGAAAGUAAUGCUGUCCCAACUGCUGUUUUUAAAGAAGAAGCAGCUAAUAUUGCUCCUACCUUUGAGUAUGAAGGAAAGAGAAAUACUUCUUUAACCCUUAAAGAGGAAGCUGAUGUUCUCCCAACUGCUGUCCUUGAAAAAGAACCUAAUCUUUCCUCAAACAUUAGCUUGCAAGAAAAGGCUAACACUUCCUCAACUCUUGAAAAAGAAGCCAAUGUUUCUCCUACCUUUGAGUAUGAAGAAGAAGCUAACACCUCUUCAACUCUUGAAGAAGAAGCUAAUGUUGCUCCUACCUUUGAGUAUGAAGAAAAGGCUAACACUUCCUCAGCUCGAGUCUUUGAACAAGUUAAUGUUCCUCCUACCUUUGAAUAUGAAGAAAAAGCGAACACCUCUUCAAUCCUUGAAGAAGAAGCUAAUGUUGCUCCUACCUUUGAGUAUGAAGAAAAGGCUAACACUUCCUCAGCUCGAGUCUUUGAACAAGCUAAUGUUCCUCCUACCUUUGAGUAUGAAGAAAAAGCUAACACCUCUUCAAUCCUUGAAGAAGAAGCUACUGUUGCCCCUACCUUUGAGUAUGAUGAAAAGGCACUUCAUCAUACACACACUUCCUCAGCUCAAGUCCUUGAACAAGCUAAUAUUGCUCCUUCCUUUGAAUAUGAAGAAAAGGCUAACACUUCCUCAACCCGUGUCUAUGAACAAGCUAAUGUUAGCACAGCGUUUUUUACUGAGAAAGAAGCUGAUGUUUCCUCAGCCCUAGAAGAGGAUAGUGAUGUUGCCCAAACUGUUGUGCUUGAUGAAGACGAAGCCAACGUUAUCCCAGUCCGUGUCUUUGAAGAAGAGGCUACUGUUGCCCCGACCCUCGAAGAUGAAACUAAUGUUUCCCCGACAUCUCAAGAGAAAACUGAUGCCCCUGAGGACUUCACCAUCUUUCCUUCCAGUUCUCAAACAUCCAAGUGGGAUCUGUUGACCAGCACAACUCAACCCCAAGAAUCUCUCAAUGAGUACAGCCAAAAAACCUCCACAGCAGCUUCAAGUUCUUCUCGAGGUACAAAGCCCACAGAGACGACCACUGUCACCACCACAACCACAACCGCAGCUACCACCACCACCACACACCGGUCCAGACACACCUGGAGCCCAACCACCACCACCCCCAAAAUUUUGAUACCACCAGUGGGUCGCGCUCUGGAAGAUGUUGACAUUACUUUCACCCAGCCGCCAACCCUGCUUAUCAUGCCCAAUGGGAGGGCAGCCGUAGGCGGUACUGGGAAAUCUUCAGAUGCCUGUUUGCUCAACCCCUGUCUUAAUGGAGGCACCUGCACGGACAGAGGCGGCCACAUUAAAUGCCUCUGUUUGCCGACGUAUGAAGGAAAAUUCUGUCAGGCUGACCGGGAGCGAUGUGAACCGGGCUGGGAUAAAUUUCACGGUUUCUGCUAUCGACACUUCAGCCAGCGUCAGAGCUGGGAGGCUGCAGAGCAGCAUUGCCGUAUGAUGGGAGCUCACCUGGUGUCCAUAAUGACCCCUGAAGAACAGGCUUACAUCAACAACAACUACAAGGAAUACCAGUGGACUGGUCUGAAUGACAAGACCAUUGAGAAUGAUUUCCACUGGUCUGAUGGGAACCCACUGCUUUAUGAGAACUGGUACAGGGGUCAGCCAGACAGCUACUUUCUCUCCGGAGAGGACUGUGUGGUGAUGGUGUGGCACGAUAACGGACGCUGGAGCGACGUGCCCUGCAACUAUCACCUCGCAUACACCUGCAAGAAAGGCACCUCCUCCUGUGGACCACCACCAAGGGUCAGAAAUGCCUCCAUAUUUGGAAAAGCUCGACAGACUUACGAGACCAACGCAGUGGUGCGCUAUCGGUGCGCAGAGGGCUUCCAGCAGAGGUUUAACCCCCUGAUCAGGUGUCUGUCUGGAGGGUUCUGGGAGAGGCCGCAGAUCCUCUGCUUGACUGAGGACGGGGGCCUGCCGUCAACGACCGACAAUGAUUUUGCUGCAGCUGAAGCUGAUUUUGAGGCCACUAAAGAGACGCUGCAGUACUGGGACAUCAGGUUCUAAAAGUCAGCCGUGCUCUUCUUGUCUUGCUUUCUCAAACUUUGUUACUGUAACGUGACAAGGUGUAAAGAAUCAGGUGCUUUUUACCAAUGAACCAAUCAAAACAGGAUAAAAAACCCCACAGAGGCACAAAAAGACACAAAGCAAAACUUCCCACCAGCCAAUGAGAACAAGACUGAGUGCACAGGCAGGGAGAUGAAACGCCCUAUUUCUUGUCCUUUGUAAUAUUUUCUACUGUGUUUGGAUAAAUAUGCUUUAAAUGGUUAGCAAAAAAAAAAAAAAAUUCUCCCAGUGAUUUCCUGUUAAAUCCCUUUGACCGAAAAGAAAUAAAUGUGUGAACUGUUUGUUAUCAGGUCAACUCUAAAUCUGUUUUUCUCAUUGUUAUAUCAAGAACCUUUUUAACAAAAUGGUGCUAAAGUCUUUGAGACAUUUGUAAAGUAUCCAGUAGAAAUGUUUUGCUGUUCUUUGUGUCAUCUUCCUUCUUUGUCAAAGAUUCCUAAAACUCCAAAGUGAACCUACAACAAAUGUUCAAUAAAUACUGUACAUAGA